UUGCCGACGCCGCCGACGUCUAUACGCUACUCUCCGCUGCGCGAGUCUCUCUCGAGUCACUGUCGCAAGCCCAAAAUAAGCUCCCCCUUUAAUGCGUAAUCAGCUGCUACUGCUGCUGCUGCUGCUAGGCUGACCCGGCGCCGCGAGCAGAGGCAGAGCGAGUUUUCUCUCUCUAUCUCUCGAAAAACUAAUAAUAAUAAUAAUAAUAAAUACACGUUUCGCGAGCGCGUACGUUCGUUCGUGUAAUUUUGCCGUGUCAAUUGCAUCGACGAGCAGGGAUAAAUAAUGUAGCCGAAGGAGACGCUUUUACCUGUUUUUUUGUGUUACGCGUUAUAAUCCCCUCCUGUGCGUGAGUGUGUUGUGUGCAGCUACUGUUCGAGGAGUGUUGUGUGCGUUGCGCGCAUACAUAUGAUAUACCUAUAUAUCGGCGCUAGUUAUUUUUAUCGGAGAGUGUGCUUGUGCGCUUUCAUAUAUAUACGUUGUAUUUCGCUGCUUUAUUAUAGGCAGCCGCCAAAAGCUGUGUUUUCGUGAGUGUGUGUGUGUAUAAGUAAGUGCUGCGUGAGAGGCGUUAAGUGAAUGGUGUAGUUUUGCGAAUCGUCGCUGAAUAUAGAGUUCGAGACGACGACGACGACGACGACGACGACGACGACUAGCCGAGGCGCAGAAGUCAAAAUGAAGGCAAUCACCCGGCUGGGAGUGCACAUGCUGCUGCUGGCUUGCCUGCUGCUGUCGUCGGUGCGUGCCCAGUGCGGCCCGGCGUCGUCCGAUUUGCAGAAUCGACAGAACAAGCUGGCCAUUUACAAAAUCACGCUGAAAACCUUCUGGUCCCGAUCGAGAUUUCCCAGGCAUUUUCCGGAGUGGAGGCCACCGGCGCAGUUCAGCAAAUUAGUCGGUCGAACGCACAGCCCGAGCUUCGUGCUGUACCGGCUGGGCGAGCGUCUGGCGCCGGGCGCGCGACAGUUCGUCGAGACGGGCCGCACCGACGGCCUGGACGGCGACGGAACGACGCCCACCACCUACGGCAGCGUGCUGCACUCGUUCGCCGGCCCGGCGAUCGGCCAGGGCGAGGGCCAGAGCAGCGCGCGCGCCUUCCUCGACGCCAAUCACACCCUCGUCAGUCUGUUCGCGCGCAUGAACCCGAGCCCCGACUGGUUCAUCGGCCUCGACUCGUUUCAGCUCUGCGUGGCCGGCAAUUGGAUCGACAGCGUCACCGUUGAGUUGGAUCCCUUGGACGGCGGCACGGAUAACGGAUUCACUUUCACGGCGGCCAAUUGGCCGACCCAGCCGCAAGGAACCGCCUACAGAAUCACAUCACAUUUUCCGGCUCAUCCUGCUGGAAGCUUUUACUACCCCAACUUGCCGAGAUUGCCACCCAUAGCCAUGCUGACGUUUAUGAAGCUUCGCGAGUACACCCUGACGGAGACGUACUACGACGACGACGUGGAGAUGGAAUUCGUCAGCGGUAGACACGGAAAUCAAGCGUCGAUCGAGAAUCAGGUCCCUUCGCGAGGAAUCGAUCAGAAUCGAGAUCUCAACGAGGCCAUAAGCGAGGAGCGUCGCGAGGCAAAUAAUCAACGAUUCAGAUACUGGACGGUGAGCAACGGAGUCGAGCAGUACACGAAGAAGCGCAAAAAUUGGGAAAAAUCGACCAACGGCGACAACGACAGCGGCAAAUCCGCGAUAAUAAACAGCAUCGUGUCGUCGUACGCCAACUUUCCGCGCCAAAAUCCCGCCACUUCGUCGUAUUUCCAAGCGAUGCCGGCCACGAACGCGACAACUUCCACAACCUCCACAACGACGACGACGACGGCGAGAACGACUACGAGCAGAUAUUCGACGCCACCGUCGAGCAAGUAUCAGCAGCAGCUACUGCUGCAGAGUCCGACCCUCUACGACGUCAAGUCCUCGUGGCUCAACUACAAGCUCUACAACAACUCGAGAAAGGCGCACCUUUACAACCAGAUGAUUCAGCAGAAAUUGGGUCUGAAUUCGAGAGGCACCACCGCAGCCGCUGUGUCUUGGAAGAACGUCACCGAGGACGACACGAGCAAGCAGCAGCAGCAGCAUCGUCAACACAAAUUUCACAAGGACCACCGUCACCGGCUGCAUCCGAAGAGAAAACGCCCGAGGAAACGUAUCCCGCGGGACUGCAAGGUGAGCGAGUGGGGCGCCUGGAGCGCCUGCAGCCGCAGCUGCGGCGUCGGCGAGACGCAGCGCACCAGGCGCGUCCUCGUGCAGCCGCGGCGCGGCAGUCGGCCCUGUCCGCCUCUCAAGGAGACCAAGUGGUGCGGCAGCGUCAAGCCCUGCCAGUCGUCCAGUGGAGAAACCGCUGCGCCGCACGAGUUCGACGACGCAGCAGCCUACGAUUGGUAGUUGUCACGGGGGCGCUCACUCGAGACGGCAGUAGUAGUACGAUGAUGCGAAAAGGAAGAGAGGAUAUGUGAAGAACGACGACGUCCGAAAGUGCCAUAAUUUAACUCGUAUAUAAUAAUAAUAAUAAUGAUACGCAUAUAACACGCGCCAUAUUUCUAUAUAUAAUAUGUAAUACCGCAUCUCUUCUCGUCUUUCACUUUUCAUUAACGAUCCUUGAGCGUCGUCGAAUCGCGCGCGGUUAAACACGCGAAAAUAUAAAGGGUUAAAGGCCCCCGCCACGAUCGAGAGCUCGAGUUUCCAUAUGCAUUGGGCGACGAUAAAAAGUAUACGCGCCAUACAGAGAUGAUCGUCGAUCUUGUGCACUUGAUCGUUUACGCACGCUCGCGCUUAAAGUGUAGGUGGGGGGAGCUCCCACGACCUCCUUUACGUAUUUUAUAUAUAUAUCAUUACUAAUGCGUGACGUUUGUAUAGCUUUUUGGUAGGGACGAAUACGACUUCGUGUAUUUUCGAUUUGAAAUUUCCUAUACGAUGUAUCACUCGAUAUUCGUUGUCGUAUUGUUUUUUAAUCUUUUAAUAUGUAAUAUGAUGUACAUUGCGACUCUUGUUUUACAUUAUUUAUUUUUAUAAUAAAAUUUUAAAUGCUACACGGAUCUUACGAUUAACGUGAAAAAAAUCAAAUAU